ACCGGUUGGGAGAGGCAGCAACAACACACACGACAUCAGUAACCCAGGCCUGAGAGAGGAAGAAGCACUACAGAGAAGAGAGGGACUACUCACAGAAACAAGUACAGUGACCAGAAGAGCAGCAGGAGGAUGUCCUGUUUGGAUGAGGUUCCUUUUAAGACCCUUCUGGGAUCUCUGGAGGGACCCAGGGAAGAGGUGGAGCUGAUUGCUGCCCCAGACAUCACUGUCCCAGACUAUCUCACCAUACUGCAGGAGACAGAGUACAUGUUCAGCUUGGAGAACUGGGUGCUCCAGGGCCUCCAGGGAGGUUACCCCAGCCAGCCCCAACCCCCCGGCCCCAGAUCCCCAUCCGAGGUACUCCCCUCCAGCCCACCCUACUGGCAUCUCUUCAGCAGCCCCCAGGAGAGCCGCCUGGCCAGCCGACACAGCUCUGACUUCUGGGAGCCCAACCCCCGCCAGCGCUCCCGCAGCCUGAACCCGGUUGACAUGCGCACCCGGGUUAAGUUCGUCAUCUCCGACUCCGAGGAGGAAGAGGAGUGCUCUUCGUCGGGAGAGGGUUCCUCGGAGUCUGGUUCAGGGUACAGGUCGGAUCAGCGUGUUCCUGGGUUGAGGAAGCCACGGCAGACCUGCACCCCUAACGUCCUGAACCUACCUGUCUCUCAGAGUGGUCUGGUGACCUACCAGCGUAGGAAGAACCUCCGCCAGUACUCGCUGUCCGUUCUGGAGACCCCCAGAGAGUGUAUCCAGGGGACCCCCUGCCCCCCAGGAGGACCCAAGCCACCGUCCUCCUCAUCCCUACCCAGACACCCAUUGACCAGGGCCAACACAGAGAAUAUCCCCUCCAUCAGUCACCACAAGCCAACACAUCCGUCCCUGAGUCCGUACUUCUGCCUGCCGGCCCUUCCCUCGGUGACCUCACGACCCCUGGGUUCCCACGCCACGUCAGUACUGGACUCCUCGGUGGAGCUGCUGUCCGCGCUGAGCCCCGAAGAGAGAGAGCUCCUGCAAGCCAUCACUGAAAGGGGCUAUCCGCUCCGCACCGCCAUCAUCGCCCUGCAGAAGACCGGCCAGCAGAGCCCAGAACAGAUCCUGCGCUAUCUGGUGGCCUGUGACAGACUGUGUGAGCGGGGCUACGACGAGGCUCAGGUGGAGGAGGCUCUGGAGAUGUUCCAGAACUGUGAGACUAAGGCUGAGGAGUUUCUUCACCUGCUGGCUCAGUUCAAUGAGAUGGGCUUCCAGCAGAACGCUAUCAAAGAGGUUCUGUUAGUCCACGAGAACCACCGCGAGAGGGCCCUGGAAGAGCUGAUGAUGCGUGUGGCAUGACAGGGUCAAUGUCUGCUCCCAUGAAAAAUACAUUGUAGGAGACAUACAUGCACCAACACAAACACAGUUCCUGUUUACUUGCCUGUUUACUACAAACAAUUAUGUCAGCUAAUGUAUCAUAUUAAAGGGAUAGUUCACUCAAACUAUAUUUGACUAUUUGGUUCAUUAGUCCACUGUUAAUACAAUCCACAAAAAUUGUGUAUGUCACCAGUCAAGUCUUCAAGAUUGAGCACUUUCAGUCCAGAGCAAAAACGAUGAUGAUGAUGAAUUUUCAGUGAACUAUCCCUUUUAAUGGUAUGUCAUUUGCAAAUUGCAAUUUGCAUGUUGAAACAAUGUUGAUUGACUGGAGCACACUAAAACUAUACAUUCUAGCAAAUCAGGAGAUGAACAGUGGCCUUCUAGGAAAAGGAAAACUUAAACAAUACCAUUUACAGACAAUCGAUAUAUUACAUAGUUUUAUUACAUUUCAGGUUUUGACAAUGUUUGAUGUGAUUUGCCGCUUGUCAAUUGUCUUUGUCAAUUUCAAGUGUCACAGCAUUUGUCAUGUAGUAUUUUAACUUAAGUUCGAUCUGUAAUACAAUUAAAUAAAAUCCAGUAGACUAUGGUUGUAUGCCAAAUGGCACCGUAUUCCCUUUGUAGUGCACUACUCUUCACCAGGGCCCAUAGGCUCUGUUGAAACGUAGUGCACUAUAUGGGGAAUAGGGUGCCAUUUGGGAUGCAAACUGUGUUACUGGUAAGUCAUUAUCUGUAUUUGUAGGGUGUGUGUACGGGGUAAAAGAUCGAAACCUGAAAGAAG